AUGGAAAAGGAUCGUGAAAAUUCGACAUUCGAAGGUGGCGAGGAGCAGCAAGCCAAGAGGGCUCAACAUGGUCCCAUGCCCAGCCGGCCAUCAAUUACGUCGGAUUCCAACUCAUCGCCAGAAAAGGAGAAACAUGAUGAUGAAAAGAGCCAUUCAAGUCUUCGAGGGGUUGAAAGGUUGCUAGGAAGGGAGGCUUCCAUUAGCAGAGAACAGCCAGAAAUCGACAAGAGCAACGAGGAUGGGCAAUCAGAAGAUAGACAAGAGGAAGGAGUUUCUCUGCAUCAGUCAGAAGCAAUUCGGCAAUAUACCCCUGAGCUUCAACAGGAAGAAAUAGCGCAUCGAAACCCAUCUCAGCAAGAGAUCCAAUUCGUCCUACAACCCAGAGUGUUUCGUAUCCGGCCCAGGAUAUAUCAAUGCAUUAGGCGCACGUGGUUGGGGAAACGGUGCCGGGUCAAGACAAAGAGUUGGGAUAG